CGUCGUCAGCUGCGAGCACACACACGAAACGUAUUACUAAAUAUAUACCGAGAGACACGAUGAUAUUGUUUCACUAGUAAAAUUUUCUAAAAUAUCAUCAUCGUCGUCAAGUUUUGUGCUUUCAAUUUUUUUUUUUCAAUAAUAAAAUUUCCUAUUUUCUCCGGUAUUUUUUUUUAAGUGCAAAUUUUUUUUUUUACGCUGGAAAAAAUCUGUGAUUUAAUAUAUAUAAAAAAAAUUUUACGCAUUAACGAAAUUUCAUCGAAAAAACAGUAGUGGUGGUGGAAAAAAAAAUCGAUAACUUUGCAAUAAAAAAAAAAAAAUAAUAAUUUUUUUCUAUUUUUAUUUAAAUUAAAGAAAUUUCUAUUUUUAUAUAUAAAUAAAUGUGUCAAUGUGUGAGGAAAUUUUUACUAUAGAAAAAGAAUUCAAAUUCAACGAAAAAUUGAUUUUUUAAUUAAUAAAAAAAGAAAGAAAAAAAAACGAAAUAAAUUAUGGAAACUUAAUUAUAACCAAAAGGGAAUUAAAAAAUAAUUUAAUUAUUAUCUGUUCAAAAAAAUGAAUAAACAAAAAAAUGAGAACUUCUUAUCGGUUGUUCUCCCAUCGGAAUUUUCAAAUUCUCAAUGCUCGCAAAAUUUAAUGAUUAAUCAAGACCAACAGGACGAAGAAACUUCGGAUUGCCCUUUAUUGACACCAAGUCCACCAAUUUGUGUGGUACGCAAAAUACCGGAAAUGAUUCCAGUAUUUAAACAUAUCGAAAGUCCUUUGGAAAUUCCAGCAUCACCAACAUCUGAAAAUAUUAAUUCAGAAGAUGGACUUAAUGUUUUUAUGAAUAUUGUUAACAGUUCGAGUAAACCACUUCAUGAUGAACCGAGUUCUCGUGAUCCUAUGGUGGAAUCAACGAGUAGUAGUAGCAAUAGCAGCAUUAAAAAUGAACCAGUUUGUACACAAUUGCUCACACAAUUAAAUGAAGCUUAUCAACAUUUAGCACCAGAUGCCCAGGCACUGUUUUACAAUCAGGAGAAUGGAGGAAAACCGCCAUUAGUUGGAAUACAAUUGGUUGUACCAAAACCACCAAAAAAUUAUAUUUUCACCAAAUGGAAUUGGCCCUUAAUAAGAAAAACAUGUUUCUGGUCAUUAAUGUCAAUACUUGCCGGUUGUGCAGCACUAGUCAUUGGUGUCAUCAUAACAAUGCCAAAAAGAUGCGAUCCACAAGUUGAAUGGUGGCAAGGAAGUUUAUUUUAUGAAAUAUUUCCUGGUUCUUAUCAGGAUGGUAUGACAAUUAACGAUGGUGUUGGUGAUCUACCGGGUAUCAAUAAACGUCUUGGUUAUCUACAAAAACUCGGUGUUAAAGGAGUGAGAUUAAAUUCCAUAUUUCCAGCUGAUCAUUAUCCAGAAUAUUAUUCAAAUAUCACCAGUUUAAUGGAUGUAAAUCCAAUACUUGGUGAAAUGAAAGAUUUUGAUCAACUUCUAUUGGAAAUUCAUAAACGAAAUAUGACACUAAUUCUUGAUAUUCCUUUAUAUCCUUUUAUUAAGGAUUUUGAUGUUGCCGAUGUUAACGAAACUAAAAAAAUUCUCAAACAACGAAGAGACAUUUCACCUCAACUUCUUCCAACUGUUGCAUCAUUUGAGAUAAUGGGAGAUAUAUUGACAACAAGAACGUCAAUUUUAGAAACAGUAGCCGAAGAAAAUGAUGAAAUUACAUUGGCAAUUAAAUUUUGGACAGAGAAAGGUGUCGAUGGUUUUUAUUUAAAAGGUCUUGAGAAUUAUGUAAAUGAAAAAAAUUUUCCUAAUAAAUUACGUUUAUGGAAAUCAAUUAUUGGUACGAGGAGAAUUUUAAUUUGUAAUAUUAAAACAUUAAAUGAAGCUAAAAAUAGUGGGGCAAAAAAUGCAAUUCUCAAUAGAAUUGAUUUGAUUGAUGUUCAUAUUGGCGUUGCAAAUGGAACAAAUGUUAUACGUGAGGAAAUUGAUAAUAUUUUAAAUGGCAUUCUCUUUGAAAAAGCCGGCUAUCCUUGGGUACAUUGGAGUAUUGGAAAUAUCGAUACAAAACGUGUGUCAUCAACAUUGAGUGUUAAUAAUGCGAGUAUUGCUGUUGCUCUUAUGACAAUGAUGUUACCAGGCACUCCAAGUAUCUUUUACGGUGACGAGAAAGGAUUACUUGAAUGUGAUUGUCCUGAUCAUGCGGAUUUGGAACAUGUUCAUAAUUUAAUGCCAAUGCGUUGGGAUAAAAAUGAUGUUAUUAAUGACGAUGGUGCUAGUGAGAAUUUCUCGUCUUUUCAAUUUCCAUGGCUGUCAAAAAGUAAUGAUCCAAUUGAGACGAAUCUUGAUGACGCUAUUUCGAAUAUGACGAGUAUACGAAGAGAAACACCCACUAUUUAUGUUAAGGCUUUGAUUACAAAUGAUAAACCAAAGGCAAAUUGUGAUGUUCGAUACACAAGAGACGAAUUAAUUGUGAUUGAAAGAAGAUAUCGACGUCGAAAUUCAUAUGUUUUUGUUGCAAAUUUGGGUAAAACAACACAAAACAAAGAUUUAUCGAAUCUUUAUUAUGGAGGUCAUAUGGUUAUUGGUCCAAAGCACAAAUUUGGUAAAAAUGUCUAUUUCAAACAGCUCAACAUACCACCCGGUGAAGCUUUUGUCAUUAAACUUGAUAAGUGAACAGAGUUUUUACAAAUCAAAAAAAAAAAUUUAUAUACAGAUAUAAAUUUUAAAUAUUUGUUAAAAAUGCAAAAAAAAAUAAUUUUUU